UUCAGUUUUGUGUAAUCUGUAUACCUUUAAAAUAUAGAUUAUAGGUAGAACAAAUUAAAAAAAAGCAAACACUGCGACCCCGAAGAGAUCGUGAGAUGUUAUUUGAUUUCAAAAAUAAACAGGUGAAUGUGUGUGGAAAUGAAUUUACAGACCCUAUUCCAGGAUUUUAAUCCUAGCAAAUUCGUCGUACAUACUUGUAUGCUGAUAUUCACGGCUCUAUUAGCAUUAAAAUUGGAUAACACUAUAACUUGGUCUUACUGGGCAGUGUUCACGCCUAUAUGGACAUGGAAAUUCCUGGUUAUUCUUGGUGCUACAGUUGGUACAUAUGUUUGGUGGCAGUAUCCCCAUUUCAGAUUGGAAGGUGAAGCUUAUAUUCACUACAAAGCAAUGUUAAUAAGCCUCGCCAUACAUUUGAUUCUACUUAUGUUCGAGCUGCUUGUUUGUGACCAGUUAACAACAACACGCCAUGUUUGGAUACUUGUUUUCAUACCAUUAAUUUUUAUAAGUAUAGUUUCAAUCGCCAUCUGUAUAUGGUGUGUCAAACAUGAUCGUAGUUAUGAGUUGGAGUUGUUUUGUGCUGUAAAUAUACUUCAGUUCAUCUUUCUGGCAUUGAAAUUGGAUGACUUCAUAAAUUGGUCCUGGGAGGUUGUAUUUGUGCCACUAUGGAUACUCAUGUGUCUGAGCCUUGUAGGUGAGUGGGUGCUAUACAGUAUAAUAUUCGCUGGAAUCUUGCUACGCACGCCGGAGGUGAACAUACAGCAACGGCGGACCAGUUUCAACUCUGCUCUGGCUUAUACUUUCACUGUUAUACCCAUAUUAGUGUUUCAGGUCUUGUUAACGAACAAACUCGACGAUGGUUUGGACCUCUCAUACAUCGUAGUAGUCAGCCCGCUGUUUGUGACAUACGUGACACUUAUUAUCAUGUCUUUCAGUUCUAAGGGAGGAAACAAAUGGUGGUUUGGCAUACGAAAGGACUUCUGUCAGUUCCUUCUCUCAGUGUUCCCCCUCCUCCAGGAGUAUGCAAACAUUGCGUACAAUAACAACGUGAACAGAGGAUCAAACGGUAUACCCGCCGAACCUCCGAUCACUCAAGAGCCGUACAGGGACGAGGAGGCUCACAGAAAAGUGAAAGAGAGUAAAAAAUCUCAGAAGAAUCAAAAGAAAAACGAAGCAAUGAAACCAGUCGUGCCUGUGACCAGUAUAGAUAUGCCGGAUUGAUGUUUUAGUAAAUUGAAGUCGGUUAUAAGUGCUGAAAUGUGUGUUCACUUGUUAGAAAUUUACCCUUUGUAAAUAUCGAGCUUCUAUGUGUAAAGCAAUACAAAUUGUUAAGUUUGAUUAGCAUUAAGCUAUUAUUUUUAUGUGCAGAGGAUAUUAUUGGAUAUUAGAAUUGUGCAUUGUUUAUCAUUGUUUUCAAGUGUAUGUUAAUCUUUUCAUCCCGUUGCUAACGGUAUCUGUAAAUGCAGUAAUAGGUACAUUUGUAACUAAUCUUACUUAAUUUUAUUUUUAACUAUGACCGAUAGGCACUAAUAGCCAAACUUCUUUGUUGUUUUUUUUUGUGUCUUGUUUUUGUUGUCGUGUAAAUAGUUUAAAAUGUGUUUUCAUAUAAGUACAUAUGUGAGGCUUUAUUGUUUAUUAGAUUGAUUUGCAUGUGCGAAAUGUACAUAAUAAAAUAAGAUUAUGAUGGUAUACACGUGUACCCGUAGAGGUUAAAAUAUAAAUAAUAAUCAUGUGAUCUGUUUACUAUAUUUCACUUAACAAGCUCACUCAUUAAAAGAAAAUAUGUAAACAUUUGAAACACUAAUAACCUGGACUAUACUUUUCGAAGUAGAGUUAUAAAUUCAGCAAAUAACGUCAAUGACCUGCUAUUUUUAAUUUAGUAACUUCCAGUAUAUGAAAUUCUCAACAAAGUCAGAUUAAAUGAUUUGGUUUUAAACUAAACGCUCAUUGGUCGCCUCACCUGCUAUCGACCAAUGACCAUUCAGUUUCAAGAAACCCUAAGAGAGCUUUCAGAGAGUGGAGGUAAAUAUAAAAAAAAAAAAACUAAUAGUCCUAUUAGACUGUUACUACUUUCAUCGAAGGAAAUUCAAAUUACUUAAGCAAUAUUGAAAGCAAAAUAUAUUUUUACACGAGUAGUUUUUAACAGGAAUAUAUCAACUUAAACUUUAUGUUAUGUAAUAGUUCUACAGUUAAAAGUCACACAUGUGAUAUAACACAAACAUCAAUAUUAAAACUAAGUUGCUGUAGGUAUAUUUACUUAUAUAACGCAGGUCUGUCAUUAUUCUACCAUGACAGGCAUAAGUUAAACUAUUGAAGCAUAAAUAUGUCACUUUUAGACAAUUUAUGAUCGAAUUCGACCUUCAGUUUGAAAAUUGUACCUUUUUAUGCUUGAAGAGAGUCAUAUGAAGGAUUUAAGAAUAUUUUAUUAUUCAUCGCGAGAGUGUUUGUACAUCUUUAUUAUAUACGCGUGAUUUUACUUUGUACAACAUUAACUUGAAAUUAUCUACGUCUUUAAGGAUUUUUUAAAAGUGUUUCAUUUUAUGUAAAUAAAUAAAUUGUCCCUUAAUACCUCUGACUAGUUUAGAUAUCCUUAAUGCUAUAUCUGUGUUAUAUAUCCAUAUCAUAGUGAUAAUAUUUUUUCAUAAUUAGAAAUUUGGUUUGGGAUUCUAAACAUUUUAUCGCCGCAUGUGGUUUUGUAAUUAGAAUAUUACAUACUCGUCACGAAAACGAUUAAUAAAACUAUACAAUAAUAGAGUUGUGUUAGAUAGACAUAGAAAUAAAGAGCAAUAAUUUGUCGUACUUUUUCUUAUCUCUACGAAGUGGAUUUAAUCAAAAUUUACUUAUUAAAAAUUAUCAUUAUUUCAAUAUUUUGUAAAGAGUUUUCUCAAACCCCAAAAAAUAAAUAUUUUUAAAAAACAUAUAUAUAUAUAUAUUUAAAUUUAACAUUAUAUUUUCGAGGUACGAAACGAAAAUUUUAGCAAUUUAAUUUUGGAAUGAAUUUUCUGAUUUCUUGCCAUACUUGUGUGUUUUGACGUGUAAAAGAG